UUGGAUGCAGUUGAAUGAAAGAGAGGAUGCAACAAUACUCAAAUUAGGGUUCAUUGUACUCAAAAAAGAUAUCUUGGAGACGCGAUGGAAGUAGUAGAACUAGACUUCAGGUGUUCCGAUGUUGGAGUUUGGAAGGAGGCUCUGUCUUCGUACGAGUCCCGAAUCGAGUCACUGAACAAACCAGAACUCGUCUCUCUCGACCAAUUCUACCGCAACGAACUCCCUUGUCUUCUUCACGACCGAGACCCUAACCCUUACCUCACCACCUCCGAGCUUUCUCAACUCAUGAAAUGGAAGCUCUCUCGCGGCAAAUGGCGGCCGCGUCUGCUGGAUUUCGUGUCGUCUCUGGACGAUUCAGUGGUGAAAUCUGCUUCUGAAAAAGCUUUCAAAUCGCUCCCUGACAUCUCCAAGGCUGUGAAAGAGCUCACGGUGCUUAAGGGCGUUGGUCCCGCCACCGCCUCCGCUGUUCUUGCUGCUUACGCCCCUGACAUUGCACCAUUUAUGUCCGACGAGUUUUAUUUUUGGGUGAACUCUAAUGUGGAAGGAAAGGCAAUGGAGGUGGCUCUUGGUAGCUCAAAGGAUUACUCUUUGAAGCAAUACUUGUUGUUUGUAACCAAGCUACAUGAUAAAUCAAAGGAAUUAAAGUUGAAGGGAGAGUGGGAUGGGCCUUCAGAUAUCGAAAGAGCUCUAUGGAGUUGUACUGUGCGUGCAAAGUCACAACCAGAGAAGAGCUCUUCGGGGAAGAAAAGAAAACGGUAGGAGACCAGAAAAAGAACUUUGUAGAAUUUGUGUAGAUUUAUCUCUUCUUUCAUAAUCAAGACAGAAUCAUGAGUUUAUCACUUCAGCUCUUCUGGAAGUCAUAUCCGUAAUUGUUGAACUGUAGUAAGUGUUCUCGAAUGUUUUAUCAGAAUUCUGAGUGUUUUAAGGUAUCAUAUAACUUGUCCCUUUA